AUGACAUCCAUCGCUUCUUCCCUCAAUCAUAGCACCCAUUCUUUGAAACAUAAUAAGGCUUCUCCGUCAUACGGUGAUAAGGAAUAUUGGGAUGAUCGGUAUCAAAAAAUGUCGGAACCCUUUGAUUGGUUUCAAACGUAUGAUCGUCUCAAAUUUUACCUCUCAAAACACAUCAAAAACAAAGAUUCUUCGGGAUUGAAUGUGGGAUGCGGAACCUCGCCUCUACCGUUUGAAAUGCAUCAUGAUGGCUAUAAGAGAGUUACAUCUAUUGAUUAUUCGGAAGCAGCGAUUGAGGCAAUGCGGAGGCAAAAUACAAGUCCUGAUUUGGAAUUUCUGACAAUGGAUGCAAAACGAACCAAUUUUCCUUCGUGGUAUUUUGAUUAUGCCAUUGAUAAGGGUUGUUUUGAGUUCAAUUUGCUUUCAAGUUCACUAGAUAAUGGAAAGAGUUAUUUGGAAGAAAUAUAUCGAGUUCUAAAACCAGAUGGAAUAUACUUCAUGGUAUCUCAUACUCCUCCUUCACUAAGAUUACCCCUGUUGCAAGUUGAGGAUUUUCAGUGGGAUGUGAAGGUUGAAAAAAUCUCUAAGGAAAAUUUCACGGCAAUUCCCAAUACUGAGGAAUCGAGCUAUCACUACAUUUAUGUCUGUAAAAAGAAAGAGUUAAAGUAA